CCUCACACUCCAACCUGUUCAUCUCUCAUCUGGACAGUAAGGGUUGUUCACAUCACACACUGACAACAUGCUGGGGACACUCUGCACUCUCAUCACUGAUCUAACUGGUGUUCAUGGUGCAAUUGUAUUGACCCAGAAGCCCUCUGUCCAGACCAAGACCACAGGACAGGAGGUCACUAUGGAGUGUAACAUUGGCAGAUAUGAUGGAAACUAUGUCCAUUGGUAUAAACAGGUUCCUGGUGGGGUUACUCAGUAUGUUCUGAGAUAUAGCUAUGUUAGCAGCUCUUCUUCCUAUGGAACAGGAUUCUCCUCCAGUCGGUUCAACUCUAAAUCCACAUCAAAAAUAGAUUAUCAGUUGAUCAUUAAACAGGUGGAGUCAGGAAACUCAGCAGUGUAUUACUGUCAGACAUAUGAUGAUACUGAUAGAGAGACCUAAACAAACUGAAUCACUGUGGUAUUCGGACAAGGAACCAAGCUCAUUGUCACUGACUCUACUCUCCCUCCACCUGUCUUGACCAUCCUCCCUCCAUCCAGUGAUGAGGUGAAGUCCAGUAAAGUCACCCUGGUGUGUCUGGCCAGUCAGAUGGCCAUGGGCUACGCUGAUGUCAGCUGGACCGCGGGUGGGAGUCCAGUCACCAGUAACAUCGUUACCAGUACUGCUGUACCACAAGAUGACAAGACGUUCCAACUCAGCAGCUAUCUGACCAUUGACACUUCAGAAUGGAACCAGGACAAAGAGUUCUCAUGUAAAGUCACUGUGGGCUCCAAGUUCACUGAGAAACGCAUCAAGAAGUCUGAAUGCAGCAAUGAAUAGUA